UUCAUUCAUCUCUAACUUUCGCGACAAGCGGGGAUCAAAGGAAGAAGCUCCGUGGCAACGAACUCAUCCACGUGUCCAAAAAAACAAAAAAACUCAACCCCUCCCUCAUUCACUCCGGCGAUGUAUCGAACGGCGGCGAAACGUCUUCUCGGAGCUGGUUUCGCAACCAGCCGCCUCCUCCGAUUACCCAAGCCCAGGCCCACCACCACCAUCAUCCCUUACUCCUACACUUCCCCUCUCUGCACUUCCUCCUCGAUGGGCCACACCGAAUCUCCGAUUGGUAAUCAAUCCGUAAACCUUAAUCAACCGGAUCCCACUUCUUCUUCCACGGGUACAAGAGAAGGAACUCGUCGAGAUGAGAGCAGCAGGAAGCCGAGAGCUGAGUUUCAGGAAGAGCAGGCUCGUGUCCUCGCCGCGUCUCUUCGCCACGUGCCGAGGUUAGGUUGGACGGAGGAAGCGAUGAUUGCAGGUUCGAGAGAGGUUGGUGUGUCUCCUUCCAUUGUUGGCUCUUUCUCCAGGAAAGAAGCUGCUCUUGUUGAGUACUUCAUGGAUGAAUGCUUGCAACUGCUUAUCGACAGAGUAGACUCUGGUUUGGAUCUGCAAAACCUGAUUCCCAGUGAACGUGUUUCCAAGCUCGUUAGGAUUCGGUUGGAGAUGCAGAUCCCUUACAUGUCCAAAUGGCCUCAAGCUCUUAGUAUUCAAGCGCAUCCGGCGAAUGUUCCGACGAGUUUUAAGCAACGGGCGAUGUUGGUUGAUGAGAUAUGGCACACUGUUGGAGAUGGAUCUUCUGAUUUGGAUUGGUAUGUCAAGCGUACUGUUCUUGGAGGUGUUUACUCAACCACCGAGAUUUAUAUGCUUACUGAUGACUCCCCAGAGUAUCGCGAUACGUGGGCGUUCUUGGAUGAUAGAGUCAAAGAUGCUUUUGAUUUGAAGAAGAGCAUACAAGAGGCCAAGUAUUUUGCACAAGACAUUGGUGCUGGAGUUGGGAAAUCGUUUCAAGGACUGAUGAAUGGAGUUAUGCAGACCAUGUCCACAAGGGGUCGUAGCUCUGCUUUUUGAAGAAAGAUCAUCACACCUUUACACAAUAAAAGAUGCUUCAUCCUUUUAAGAUGAUUCUCUAGUACUUUGAGUUUGAGAUACGCUCUAAUAAUAUUAUGAUAUUAGUAUGUAUGACCUGAAGUUAUAAACUAUUUACUCAACACGAGUCACGAUGUUCUCUUAUCCGGGAGUGAAAGGGACCAAGAAGGGAUGCCUCAAUGGCUCAACGGUUACGCUUUCUGCUGAAAGAGGACAUUUUUGUUACUUCAACACCUUACAUAUGAACCAUAUGAAGCUGUAGCUGUACUUUGGUUUUGUUUCCACUCUAUUAUUACCAUGGCAAUCAAUCAGGUUCAUUUAGCAUA